AUGGAAGAAAAUGACAAUGACGAAAACCUACCAGCUAAAGCAACUGAUGAAGAUAUUCGUAAAGAAUUAGAUAGUGUUACAAAUGAAAAUAAUACACAAGAUCUAUUUAUUUAUUUUAAAUCAUCUUCAAUUAUAUCAAUUUUAAUUAUUGUUAUUAUUUCACUUGUUGGUAUAUUAACAAUAAGUUUACUUAUAAGAACUAUUUUACAUUCAUAUGGUAUAACACGUCGAUUAUCAAUGUAUUUUGGUUUUACACCAAAUUAUACUAUCGAUGAAUCAACAUUAACAUUUUGGACACCGAAAAAUAUCUAUGAUAAACAAUCAUUUGAAACAACUACUAUUACUGUUAGUUCUUCUUCAUCUCAUUCUACUUCUUCUCCUGCAGUUAUCUUAAAUAAUACUGAAAAAAAAGCUCAAACUAUUUUUCGAAUUAUAAUUCUUCCAACAAUUUUUCUCUUAUCAAUUCCAUGUGGUAUAUUAGCUUUUUAUAUGCGUCGUCGUCUUCAUUAUUAUCCAGCAUGGGGUGCUCGACCAAAAAAAAGAGCUGAACCAUAUAUAAUUAUGGCACUGAAAUAA